AUGCAGCUCAACGUCAUCAAGAUCUCCCUCUUCAUUGCUGUCGGCAUGGCUAACCUCGCCCUUGCGGGUACCGAGAACGCCGGCUAUCGCUGCUGCACGAAGGCGGACAGCGAUGCGGAGUGGUGCACCACCGAGUGUAUCGAGGGAAUUGCCUUCUGCGACCGCUGCAAGGACCACCCGCCCUACGAGGUGUGCUGCCCCAUCUAG